AUGAUAGAGCGGGCACACGAUCAUCUGUUCCCAGCCAUGAUGCAGACAGGGUCCCUGGUUGUGCUGUGGGCUCUGGCAGGCUCGGCCCUGUUGCUGGUUGUGUCAGCAAACCAACAGGAGUACGAAAGGUUUCUUCUCCAACACGUUGAUUCCAAUCCGAGUGGCCGGGAUGACAGGUACUGCAACAACCGAAUGCGCUACAUGCUGAGGGAAGACCACAGGGUGAAUAACAGAGAUGGACCGAUAAUCUGCAAGGUGACAAACACCUUCAUCCAUGAGAACACAAAUGCUAUCAGGGCUGUGUGCACUGACGGGGGCAUUGGUGAAGGCUUGCGCAAAAGCCAGAGGAGCUUCCAGAUCACCCCCUGCAAGGCUUCCGGAGAGAAGUCCCUUCAGAACUUCAGGUAUCGGGCCACCAAAGACUUCAGGGAUAUCAUCCUCGACUGUGAUGAUCAAGGUUUCCUGGUGCAUUUGGACAAAACCCACAUCCGAGUGCGUAGGGAAGGCGGUGCUUCUGGCUCUUCCUGA